AUGCCUUUUCUGAUAUAUGCAACAAGGGAUGUCUUACUGGGUAUUCGGGCAUUGGCAUCAUCAGCCAUGUUGGAUAGCAUGAGAACCUCAAGUUGGGACAGGCUUUCAACAACUUUGGGCAGAAAUUUCUCCGAGGCUAGUCGAGGGCAAUCAUACACUCUAAAAAAUGUCAAGUUUCUUAGUUUGAAUAAUUCUGAAGGGACUGUGCCUGGUAACAGUUUGGAGUCCAUCAUGUUAGCGAUGGCAAAUGCAUGUCAAGUUGCAACAUGCAGUAGAAGCGUACCUGUCAGCUGGGUCAUGACAAAGAAUCCUAAGCUCAUUAGGCAAUCUAAAUUGCCAAGUUCUGUGGGAACAGUUCCGCAUAUUCCAGCACCCCCCAGAUGA